UAUUGGAAAUAGAAGUAGAAGAAAACGAAAGCGUAGAAAAGUAAUACCAUUAUUACCAAUGGAAUUGGCGUAUAAGAAGAAACGCGUUUGUUUGGUCUAAAUUAUUUAUUUAUUUGAGAGUUGAAAAAAAAAGAGUUGUUAGUUAAGAAUUGAGAAUUGAGAAUUGUUGUUAGGUUUGGAAGAGAAUGGGAAGAAAAGAAGAGGAAGUGGUGGUUGGAGUGCCCGUUUAUGAAAGGGGAGGUAUACCGCCUAACGCGAUUGUCGGAGAUCCGAAAGGGAUUCCAAUCCAACAGACUAUUUACAGAGACACUCCUGCUCCCUUCAACUGCCCUUACUGCUCCAACACCUCUCUCACCACCCUCAGAUCGAAGCCUAGUUUGGCUGCUUUCAUUGGAUGCUUGAUGCCAAUGAUGCUUGGAGUUUGUUUUCUUUGUCCUUCAAUGGACUGUCUCUGGCAUAAAUAUCACUACUGUCCUCAAUGCCAUCAAAAAGUUGCUGAAUUUCAUAAAUCAGAUCCCUGUGCUGUCAUGGAUCCACCACACUGGACACAGGAGAGCUUUGCAUUCACUUCAUAGUAAUACUCUGUUAUUUUAUUAUCUACCUGCCUACAUACAUAUAAUUGAAUCUGAAUUGUGUCUUUCAAAUUAAACAACGAAACAAACCACUUUGGCUUUCUCACAAACACCAUAUGGGCAUACUAAUUUAUAUUUUCAAUUCUAAACUUUAGUUCAGAUAUUCAUUCACAAUCAUAAAUA